AAUCUUUCAACCCUUCGCUUUCAACCCUUCGGUUGUGCUGUGCAGCAACAUCUUUGACGGUUUCCUUGCAACUGCACGGACCAGUCUGAACCAUGGCCAGAUGUUAAAAUGCAUAUAUGCUUGUAGUACAACUUGUAGCAUAAAGCUCAUCGUCGGGCGAGAGGACGGCGGUCAAUCAUUCAAUACACGUCGCGGUCGCGGGCCUGUUGCAGGACAGGGACGACAGGCCCACCACAUGUACUGAAACUCAUCUGCUCUACUGAGAGAAAGUAUUAAGGCAUGCUGGGCUCCCGCCUCGGCACGGGCCCUCCGCCCCCUCCGUCCUCGACCAUUGAGGACGUCGAGCGGAAGCUGAACAGGAGUAGCGAAGUGGAGAUAAACGUGAGCCUCAUGGGCCGCGACGAGCUCAUCGCACUUGGAAAAAAGCUUGUGGUCAUGGCUCCCAAAAUCACAUCCCUCAAGAUCCUCUGUGUGCCAAAGGGCGUCCCGUGGUCGACCUACCACUACAGCCACAUGCAGGACCGGCGCUCGCACCAGCAGCUCGUGUUCGCCACGCCCGAACACAAAACAGCGGUCAAGGUGGCGUCCGCAAACGUGCAGCACCACCUGGUGCGCAUCGGCUUCUACAAGGCCAUAUGCACGGUGCUGCGGAGGGCGCCCAUCCAGGAGCUGGUGCUGGGCCUGCGCUUCAGCGAGAGCGGCUAUGUGAUGCUGGGCGAGGCGCUGGCCGCCAGCAAGACCCUGAGGCGCCUGAGCUUCGCCGGCAGCCACAUGGGGCUGCAGCGACUGGAGUGGCUGAAGCCUGGCCUGACCGCCAACAACUCGCUGGAGGAGCUGGACCUCACCGCGUGCGGCCUGGGCGACGUGGCGGCGCAGUGCGUGGCGGCAAUCAUAAAGUUCCACGCCGACCGGCGGCAGUCCCUGGUGUUUGAUGAGCAGCUGCGGCUGUACCCGGACGCCUCCGGCCUGGUGCCACAGCACGCCGCACACCUGGCCUUCGCCGGCCAGCUGCGCGCCAUCGCCGCCUCCGUGGACGAGCGCUGCGGCGGGCUGCUGCACCUGGAGCUGGCGGAGAACAAGAUGACGGACCGCUGCGCCCGCUUCCUGCGCGCCGCGCUGUCCUACGACCGCCGCCUCAUCUUCCUCAGCCUGCGCGGCAACAAGCUAUCGGCAGAUGCCGAGGCCGAGUUUAUCUCGCUGAUGAAGGAGCACCAGGCGCUGCUGCGAGUGGACCUGCGGCAGAACGCCGACCCGCAGCUGGGCAUACUCAAGCUGAAGCGGCGCGUGGCGCCGCGCAUCUUCUCGGCUGCCCUGGGCUUCCAGCCCAACCCGCUGGCGCCGCUGCCCGGCUCGCCUGCGCUCACGGAGACCAGCAUGCCGCUGUGGGCGCUGAGAGAUGAGCUGCCCCAGUCACUGGGUCCCACGCCCAUGGCCAGCCCCAUGGCCCGGCCAGGUGGCGGCCGGCCCGCCUACCUGCCCACCUUCGGGGGCGCAGGCGCCGGUGCCGGGGGCACGGCAGGCGGCGCCAGUGGUGGUGGCGGUGGCGGUGUGGGGCCUGGCUACGCGCCCGGCUCGCCUAGCCGCAUGUCCGCCGUCAGCUGGGGUGACGCCCACUUACUGACGCGAGGGUCGCCGCGUCAAACCCUGCUGGCCGCCAGGCAGGCUGCCGUGGAUGCCGGCGCGGGCGGUCAGCACCCCAUCAGCCCCACAGUGCCGGGCUCCUCCGGGGCGCCCCAGGGCUACGGCGCCGCCAGCGGUGCCGGCACCGACCGGCAGCAGCAACAACAGCAGCAACAGCAGCAGCAGGUGCAACAGCAGCAGCAGGUGCAGCGGCAGCAGGACGCGACGGAGGCGGCGCGCCGCCGCGCCGCGUCGGCAGGGCAGAACGCCGCCCUGGCUUACGACGACGGCGGCGCGGGCGUGGAGGGGGCGGGUGCGGACGAGGACGGGUUGAUAGAGGAGGGGGUACGGCAGCGCAGCCUGUCCGCACCCGUGUCGCCUCUGCCGCGGGGGGAGGCGAACUGGUACGGCGGGGCUGCACAGGGCGGCGGCGGCGCUGGUGUCGGACCCAGAGGGACUGGUGCACGCACGCCUGACAUGUUUGGCGGCGCCAGCCCUCGCAGCGCGCCGGCGGCGUCGCCCCGCGGCGGCGCCGCCGAUGGCAGCGGGGUGCGUGACUUGGGCCGCGUCCCGACCUUUUCUGUGCAUGACAACGUUGCGGACGGUGGAGACGAGCAAGGGCAAGGCUUGCCACAGCAGCAGCAGGAGCAGCAGCAGCAGGCGGGGCAAGUGGGGUGGAUGGCGCCGCGAGAGGCAUCACUGGCAGGGAACGUGCCGCUCGGCCUGGACCCAAACCAGCUCUUCGCGCAGGGUCAGGGUCAGGGGCGGGGCCCGGGCGGCGCUGGCGGCGGCAGCGGAGGUGGCCUGUUCCCGGAGCGUCACGAAACCACGUUGUCCGGCUGGGAUGACGGCACGGGCGCAGGCGCCGGCGCCGACUCGGGCGGCGGCGCCCCGCCCAUUGCCGGCGCGCUGGUGGCGGCGGCGGCCAAUGCGCGGGGCGCGGGUCCACCUCAAAGCGGUGCGGGCGGCGCGCACUACGGGGACGGGGCUGGCCUGGCCGCGGGCCCCCACGUCUGGCCCAUGCUGACGCUGGCAUCCAUGCUGCCGCCACACGCCUCCGCCACGGCGAGGCUGGAGCACGCGCUGGAUAAGGCGGCGGCCACGAUGGCGGUGGCGGCGGGGCAGGCGGCGCUGCAGGUGCCGCUGCCGGGCAUGCCCGGAGCGGCGCAACACCAGCUGCAGCAGCUGGCGAUGCAGCAGCAGCAGCAGCUGGGGCAGCAGCAGCAGCAGCUGGGGCAGACGUCGGUUCCGGCGGGCUCCAUCCCCACGCAGUCACAACUACUGCUGCAGCGCCAACACCAAGCCUCAUCACCACCGCAGCAGUACCAGCAGCAGCAGUACCAACAGCAGCCGUACCAACAGCAGCAGUACCAACAGCAGCAGUACCAGCAGCAGCAGUACCAACAGCAGCAGUACCAGCAGCAAAAGGACCAGCAGCAGCAACAACAAACGCUGCAGCAGGCCGGGCAGGUGCCGCAGCUGCUGAGUCGGGGCCCCACCGCCAUGUCGCCGCCGUCAGUGGCACACCACGGCGCGCUGUAUGCCCAGGCAGCCGGUGCCAGGACCGCCACGCCGCCGCGGGAGCCGCCCGGGUAUGGCGGCUUCCCGGGUCCCGGUGCCUCAGCCGGCGGAGCGGCACAUCCUGCGUGGCGCGCUGAGCCUCCGGUGGCCACGGCGCUCCCGCCCUUUGGGGGCCGCAGCGGCGGCGUGCCACUGGCCUUCGGGUUCUCGGCGCGGCAGCCCUUCCCUGCGGCUGAGCCGCACCCGCAGGUCAUGGUCCGGCCGGCCCAGGCGCCGCCGUCUCCCUCAGCAGCAGUAGUGCUGCGCGCGGCGGCUGCCGCCGCAGCGGCAGGGCAUCCAGGAGGAGGGCUAGCCCUCGCGGCGUCGCCGCCACGCUCCGUCGCGGCCGCCACGGCAGCGCUGGAGCUGGAACGCCUUCGGCACCAGCAGCAGCUGCUGCAACAGCAGCUGCAACAGUAUCAGCAGCAGCAGCGGGGGUCGGCGGGUGGGGCGCCUGCGGAGGUGCGCGACGCGGCGCGGCAGGUUGCGUUCCUGUCCAUGCUGCACCGGGAGGGUGCGGCGGCGUCACCUAGCCAGCUGCAGGGCGGCUACAACUACCUCUUCACCGGGCCCGCGCCAGGCCAAGCGCAGCAUCAGACUUAUAUGCACCACCAACAACAGCCCUACCAACAGCAGGCAGACCCGCAGCAGCCGGGCCUCCCGCUGCCGGCGCACCAGUACCUGCACCAACAGCUGGACCCCGCCUCAUACCCCUUCUACUACCCGCCAGGCGACGUGGGCGGCGCUGGCGGGUUCGGCGGCGGCGAGCGCAGUCCCCCGUCCACACGGAGGCGUAAGAAGGCCGGCACGCGCACGGUCCACGUGCGCCUGGCGGCACGGCGCAUGAGCCGCAGCGCUCAGGGCCGGCCGCGCUCGCCAGGCCGGCAGCGCUCGCCGCGCUCGCGGUCGCCGUCGGCAGGACGCAGGGGCGGCGCCAGGUCCAGGGCUGGGUCCCCUCCAGGGCGCGGCCGCAGCGUGGCGCUCCGGGGCCGGGGCGGGAGCAGCUCACGCAGUCGCAGCCCGGGCAAGGCGCGGCGCUCAUGGCCGGGCUCGCGGUCCCGCUCCGGGUCGCGGUCCCGCUCCACGGGCCGCAAGGGAAGCCGCGGCCGCGGUCGGACGGGGCGGCGGCUGCGCGCCAAGCGCAAGGGCGGCCGGGCCGGCGGCAGGCGCUCGCGCUCACCGCCCGCGGGGCUGCUGUCCGCCACGCACCCGGACGCAUUGCUGGUGUUGGAGCGGGCGCUUCUCGAGAUGGCGGCGGAGGUGGACAGGCUGGAAGCCGAGGCGGCGGCUGCGGCGGCGCUGCAAGCGCACGAGGAGGCAGAGGCGGCGCGCUUGGCGGCGGAGGCGGGCGCGCAGACGGGGCGGGGCCAGGGGCGGGGGAAGGACGGCAAAUCGCGGAAGCCGGGUCGGCACAAGCAGACGCAGACGUCGACGCGGCGGGACCGGUCCAAGUCACGUGAGCGCAGGGCGGCGGCGGCAGCCACGGCCAAAGCGGCUAGGCGGAAGGAGGAGGAGUUGGGGAAGAAGCGGGAGGAGGAGGACGCAGCGGCGGCACUGCGGCGGCGGCUCGCGCAGCUGUCGUCUGUGAAGCCGUACGAGGGAUCGGCGCGCGGCGGCGGCAUCAACGUGAGCACCAUCAUCUCACAGUUGGACCGCUGGUGCAGCCUGUGUGACAAUGCGCUGCUGCAGCCGCAGCCCAAGUGAGGCGGCGCGAGGGAGGGGAAGGCGCACGAGAGAGGUGCCGCUGGUGAGGGUGCUGUGGAGGCGACUGGGGGCAGGUAGCCGUGGAGCGUGCGGUGACGUGGCGAGGAUUGCCGGUACUGGCUGCUGGCCGGGGGGCACGGUGGGGUCUGCAAGGGCGCGCGGGUCGCGAGGCAGAGAAGCUCAUAUAGUUUGUUUGGGUUGAAGUCGGUAAAUUGCACAUGUGGGGGCUCAUGAAGGGCUCUACCGAGGCUGGGGAUAUCGGAAACACUGCGUACGACCGCACAUGGGCGCAGGCUGCUUUGCGGGCUGUGCGCAAGGAGCUAGGAAGGCUGCUGUGAGGUGAAUUCCACUGGGACGUGCGUGCGGGUGUGCGGGUACAUGGGGCCAGGUUCCGGGGCAGAUGAAGACCUUGUCACAGAUGGAGGGCAGGCAGUGCACAUGUGGUAGCACAGGCACAGAACUUAAGAUGUUUCAUGGCGUGCGCUGUGCGGCGGGCAGGAUGCAUCUGGGGGCGGCCCGGUAGGCGUUUGCGCUAGUGCUGAGCGGUUGACGGGAUGAUGGUUGCCGGUGCGGUGUACGCAAUUCCGGUAACAUCCGCACGAUGUCGGGAAGAGUGCAGGCAACUGCCUUGUAGAUUGUCGCAAACAGCAGAGCCAGGGCAUAGUUCCGUCCGU